AAAAAAAAAAAAACAGAGACAUAUGUCUCCAUGUAUGAUCUAUAUAUACAUCCAAUAAAAACCACCUGUAUCUGUAUAUGAUAUAACCUUAAAGCCAGAGACUCGUAACAGAAAAUUUUAUUAGUCUCUCAAUCUCAUUUUCCACAAAACAAAUCAUGUCAUCAUCAUCAUCAUCGUCAGCCACCGAUACUAACACAAAGCCAUCGUCUUCGUUGCCGGCGGUGGAGUCUGUCACGUGCGACACGUGCGGUUUCGCUGAAGAGUGUACGCCAGCUUACAUCAACCGUGUCAAAGAACGGCAUAAGGGACACUGGCUUUGUGGGCUUUGUGCGGAAGCGGUAAAAGACGAGGUGGUUCGAUCUUCCACUCGUAUCUCCGUCGAGGAGGCUCUCCGCCGUCACACGACGUUUUGCCACCGUUUCCGUUCUUGGAGUCCCGAUGAAGAGGAAGAUCCGAUAUCCGUCAUUGGUAGGAUUCUACGGCGGAGUCUUGAUGGCUCUCCACGGAGAACCAAUACGAGGACAAGCUCGAGUGGAGCUUUGCCGGGGAUCGACGGCGUAGAGUCACGACGGUCGCUUCUCCGAUCUGGGAGUUGUUUCCCGUCUCUCUCUGCUUGAUCAAUAAUCUUGUUAGUUUUUGUAAAUUUGUUUUUUACUUUUUUGGUUUAAGAUUAUUUGCAUCAUUUUAGAAGGUGAAGAAAGAGUUGGAAUCCGAGGAUUAAGUUUCCUAUGACGUUAGCCUUUCUUCAUAUUUGAGUUAAUCAAAUGGUGUAAAAAUGAGCAAAGCUCAUCAGUUCAAAAUAAAAUAAAAUGAGUAAAGCUCAUGUUCUGUGUUCUUUAUUCUUUAAUUUGGGUUGCUUAAUCUC